GGCGCUCAAUUCCCCCAAAUCCCCCAACCCCCCUUCUCGCCGGCGGUGCCUACUCCGAUCCCGGGCUGAGUUUCUCCGGCCACCGCCGCCCUCAUCCCCGUACCCAAGGAGGUUCCGGCGUCGAUGAGGACUCGCGUAUCCAGUCGCAGCCGCGGGCCACCACCACGCGCCUGCACCGCAUCUACUCAUCGUCGCCCGGCGGAAGCGAGCUUCACCGUGGCCAGGAGGCGUCGCGCGGACCGUCUCCUGCGCCGGCAGCCGCGGAAGCAGGCAGAUCCCGGCGAGGACCGUGUCAGCGCCCUCCCCGACGACCUCCUCCUCCUCGUCCUGCGUCGCCUCGACACCCGCGCGGCGCUCGGCGCCGGGCUGCUCUCCAAGCGCUGGGCUGGCCUCCCCCGCGAGCUCCCCGCCCUCGACCUCAGGGUCAGCGACGUACUCCCGCCGCGCUACCGGCGGUGGCUCCUCCGCUACCGUGACAUCUUCAGCAGCGGAACCUUUGUGAUGUACAGGCAUCGCCUCGCGCAUCACGAGUUCGUGCCCGGCAUGACGAGGUACGAGCGCCGCGCCAUGCGCGCCUUCACCAGCUCCGUCGAGGGCCUCCUGGCCGCCCGAGCUCGCCGGAGGGUCAGCAGCCUCAGGGUCGAGUUCUUCAUCACGCGCAACACCGGCUGCAUCAACCGGCUGAUUUCCCAGGCCAUGGAUGCUUGGGGUGUCGAUGACCUCGAGGUCAUCGCCCGGCCGACAUUCCUGCAGCAGACCGUGCACGCCUUCCCUGGCCAUGGCCUCUGCUCCUCGCCCCGGUUGUCACGCCUGCAAAACCUCAAGCUUGGGGUCUGUGUCAUCCCGCAUCUGCUGCAUGAGUACCACGCGCUCACUAGGCUCGUCCUGCAAGACGUUGCCGAGUCACCCCCGGCCGCCUACGAGGGCGUCUUCGACGCGUGCCCGCAGCUGCAGGUGGUGCACCUCAACUCCUGUCUCUGCGGCGGCAGGGACAUGGUCAUGGUUGUGGAUGCCCCCAGCUCGCAGAUCAGGGAGUUCGUCGUGGACAAGUGUGAAAUAGGAUCAAUAUGGUUGAGGGAUCUUCCCAAUCUGGAGCGUCUGGCCUCCCUGGGCACACACCUGUUCUUUGAGUCCACCGCAUUCCCUUGCCUAAGGCAAUGGAGCCUCGCCCGCCGCCACGGUGUCUCCUUGGAUGGGUUUCGACAACACUUUCGGCAGCACCUGGAGCUUGACUUGUUUCUUGAACACACCCCGGACAUUACCGACCUGAUCAUCCGGUUCACGGGGCCCGACAGAUGGAUCGUGCCAUCUAUCUCACCAUCCGUCUUAUUACCUAACCUGAGGCGGCUGUUGGUCGCCGAUGUGCCUUCGUCCUGGGACGUCUCUUGGCCCCGUCUUCUCUUUGAGACGGCGCCUUCCCUCGAGAGUUUUCACAUCCACAUUGCCUCUUGCAUGGAGGAGCCCAGUCCCAGUGAAGAAAUACCCUGGUGUCCGACAAAGUUUCGGCAGCAUCGCUUGAAGGAGUUUGUGAUGGCUGGUUUUGAGGCAACAGAAAGGCAGAUUUACCUUGUCAAGUUUGUCAUGGCCGUAUGCACGGCGUUGCGUCAUGUCAGCAUGUUCAAGAAUGGGCAUGCUCGGGACAAGGGGCACUGGGAAUGGGAGAUGGUGACACAGCAACACUCAUGGACUGAGGAGGAAAAGGACGACACGCUCAAGCAGAUUAUGGGCACGGCAUCUUCAACAGCAGCUCCGGUUCAACUGGUUUUAGGCUGAUCAUCGUGUGUUUGUGCCUGUCUUAUGAUCCUCUCAUAAUGUAUUCCACAUCUCUGUUUUACUCGAUGUGAUUUAUAAUAUAUUACUCAAUAAUGUUUUUGUUUGUUAUUCCUUUUCUGUGCUAAGCAGUGCGUGUGCAUUUUUCAAUGGAACUCAAUCCAGUUUGUCUGCUGAAUUUUCCAUAUGUGCAGGCUUUUAUAGUAAUUUGUCUUGAAAAGAUUCAUCAUACGAGCUGUGGCAAGGGAAAACGUCAUGGCAUAAUGCCUGCCGCUAUUUCUACGUCGUCCCCCAAAUUUAAACUCCAAGCAAAAGCAAUUGAGAAAGGGGGGACGCCCCUGUCUCAGUCCCCAGCGAUGGAAGAAGGGGGUACCAGGAGCACAGUUUGAGGAGAAUCCGAGAUGAUGUGGAGGCGAGGGAGGUGUCGAUGAGAUCACUGCAGCACUGACUGAAGCCAACGUGGGCGAGGACUUGAAGAAGGGGCAAUAUGGUUAGCAAGGAAUUUUCCGAGGAUCUUGUCAACACCGUGAGUAAGGCUAAUGGGCAUUGUCUUUCUUUGGCACAAGCGCAGUGAUGGCGGUGUUGAGCAUGUUCCAGGUUGUAGCGUUCAGAGCAGAUAGCUGACUGAGGGCAUUCUGUAAAUCCAUCCUAAUUGUGUGCCAGCAACGUUUGAAGGAAAGGCCAAUGAAACUGUCAGGCCCAGAGGCGGGCCUUCUCAGCAGCAAUAUCUGUGAUGGUGGCACGGGUGAUCAAGAUGACCAAGGUGAGCACGAGGAAGAUUCAGAUAAUCCCAGUUUAUGCUCCCUGCAGAGUUAGUUGUCCCUUGUGCCCAGCGGAGAGUUGAAAUGUUCCAAGAGAGCAGCAGAUUUGUCGUUGUGACUAGAUACAAGAAUGUUCUUGUUAUCAAGGAAAGUAAUGUGCAAAUAUCUGGUGUUAGCA